GCUAGCCAAAGCUCUCCAGGGGUUGCGGAGGCAGAUGUUCUUUGCCUACCAUACCUGUCACUGAAGCUCGUCAUUCAACUUUCUUCCCAAACUUACUUGCAAAACUAGCUAGACUACCGGUAUCAUGGAAGUAUCACACGAUUGAUGAUAGCUAUCGGUAACUCUUCUUUUGGGGGCACGGGGGGAUGUCGAGACGACCAUUUUCUUUUUUCGAAAUGUUGGCUUUCAACUGCCACUCAAGAAGCUGACAUGGUUCCCCGCACUGACGAAUUUGGCGCUCCUUGUCGCCCUUCGCUAAGUUGUAGCCCUGGCUAUCUCACAUAUGUGGCUGCUCCGCGCACUACGGUAUUCCUCGGAAUGGCCAGAGCCAGUACAUUUUUGCAAGUUUCGAAGUGCAAAAUGCUGCAAUAGCAACCAAGAUGGAGAAAGAAAGGAUAAGGCGGCACCACAGCACUCGAGAGACGUUCAAGCAAACUUCAGUUGGAAGAGAUGAAAGGCCCAGAAAAGGAUUGAUACGAAAACGCCUUUUGGGAAUGCUCAUUGCAACGGGGAUCUUGCUGGUGGGGGCACUGUUGGCCAGGACAUGGAAGAAGCUGAGAACGGAAGCGUCGAUUGAUGAAGUGAGCUGGCGGGAUGAACUGGAGCAACUCGAAAUUGAAAUGGAUGCAGAGGCUACUCAAGAGGGGAAAUCUUGGGACAGCGAAUCUGCUAAAGGGGGCAGGGGAAGCACAACCAGUACUGACAGGCGGCGUAUCCGGGGGCAUCCAAUUCUUGGGGAAACACAACAGAACAGAAGAGAGUUGAACAUGAGGAGCAACAUAUUUGCACACGGUGUCCCAGCUUAUGGAGUCAGGCAUCCACGACGAUCAAGAUCGAGUUCAAAGAGUUCCAGAAGCGGGAAGGGCAAAGGCAAGGGCAGCAGUAGUAGAAGAUCCAAGUCCCGCUCCAAAUCCAAGAGCCGUUCAUCAAGAUCUUUCACUCUCUUUCCAACCUUUGUUGGAGCCCCAACUCUCACGCCGACAACCAGCUCGGACUUCCCUUCAACGUCACCGUCAGUCUCAGCGCGACCAUCAUCUAUCCCCAGCGUUGUCCCCAGUAACAUACCGACAAGAUCAUCCGCACCAUCACUUUCAAAAUCGCCUUCGUCAAUUCCAUCCAGAACACCAAGCUCUAAUCCAAGUUCGGUUCCCAGUUCCAGUCCUUCUGCGAGGAGACGAACAGGAACCGUUCCUGGAAUUAUCCUAGAUGAAAGAAGUGGAGCUAACAUUCCAACAAACAUCCCUACUGAAAAACCCACGACCCCGCCGACAAACCCUCCCACAACGCCCCCGACAAACCCUCCCACAGCUGCGCCAACCACCCUUCUACAAAUGGCUCUUGAUAUCUUAAUUGCCAACCAGGGUAGGAAUCAUGAUCCAUCAGAGCUGACUGCAUUCACAAAAACCCAAGAGCCUUCGGAGUCUCCAAGCCAGUCGUCUGGGCAACCUUCGCAUGUACCUUCCAGUCUACCAUCUCGCAUACCAUCAGCUGAUCCUUCUAGUCUUCCAUCCAGCAUGCCUAGUACAUACCCUUCCGAUCAGCCCUCUUCGGACCCGUCGCUCUUUCCUUCGGACACACCCAGCUUUUCAUCCGGUUCUCCUACAGACUCGCCGUCCUCAAAGCCCUCGUUGCUCCCUUCAGCUCGACCCUUUACGAUGCCUUCCAAUGAACCAUCCAUUCUACCGACGAUACAUCCUAGCACUUCGAGACAGCCGUCUUUGCAACCUUCGUCCUUACCAUCUGACGGCCCUUCGCUUUCCGAGGCACCCUCCUCGUCCAAAGAACCAUCACAAGCCCCUUCGUUCGCCGCUGGACAAUCGGGAAUAGAAGAAAGAAAGCGACUGUUUCCACAUUUCGCACCAUCUAACCAGCCGUCCCACGUUCCAUCGGGUUCUGCGGUCCCUUCGCUUUCCCAGGAACCCUCCUCGUCCCAAGAACCAUCCCAAGCCCCUUCGUUCGUCACCGGACAAUCGGGGAAAGAAGAAAGAAAUCGACUGUAUCCACAUUACGCCAGAUAAUUUGGAAAACCAAUCAAUAGUUGCUUCAUUCAGCGAGAACCAUUGCGCUUUUAGGACGACAUCGAGCCAACUAUCUUGGAUGCAAUGAUUGAAUCAUUGCUUCAAUUGGACGUUGUAGAAAUGGAAAUAAGAAAAUAAUCGCUACCGCAACUUUAAAAAUACUAGUAGUAUUGCUGCGACGGAGCUUCUCCUUGACCAAUGAUGUUCUGAUCUAACUUGACGGAGAGAA